CCCUCUACAGCCAAGAGGUGGCAAUAGCCUUGGCAGGCAGAUCCCUAUCACUUUCAGUCUGUACUCAAGCCUCCAGCACAGAGGAAGCAUGAAUCUUGCAGCAUGAACCUGCCCAUCGUCCUUGCCACAUUUGGAAUUGUGAUAGUUCACCCUAUAUCAGAGGCUGUGUUUCCUGCACUUUUUGACUGCUGCACAGAAGUAGCCCAUCAUAUUCCCAGAAGAUGGCUAAGGACAGUGGCAGCGUUUGACAUUCAGAAUGGUGGCGAUUUAUGCAAAAUAUCCGCUGUGAUCAUUCACACAAAGCACAAAAAGCUGUGUGUGAGCCCCGAGAACAGACAUGUGAAGAGGUGGAUGAAGCAGGUGGCCAAGGGUCGCUGGAGAACUGGCCAUCACCCCAGGAAGAGAAAGAAAGCCAAAAAGAGAAGGAAAAGUGGGAGGAAAGAGCCCUGUCCCAGCUGCUGAAGCAACCAUAGAGGUGCAACCAUCUGUACUGCAGACUUUGUCACCUUGCUGCCCUCCAGAUGUUUUGGACUACAGUUCCCAUCAUCCAAAGCCCACAUGGAGAAACAUCUGGAGGGCACCAGGUUGGUGAAGGCUGUUGCCCUGUGGAAUAAAUUCAGGAAGCAUCUCA